UCCUCUCUCUCUGUCACCUGGCCCUGCUGCCCAAAGAGGUCGUUCUGAGCUCAAUGCAACUGGAGAUAUUCCUGCAGCAGGGGACAUGCCAGAAGAAGUGAGCAUUGAGGAACUAGAGCACAGAGCUAAGAAUGGAGAUGCCAAGGCACAGGCAGAGAUGGGAAGGUACUACUUACGAUUGGCUGAGCAGGAGGAUGAGGAAGUGAAUAGUGUUACGGCAGUGACGUGGCUGAUACAGGCGGCUAAAAACGGGCGGAGAGAUGCUGUGAAACUGCUGCAGCGCUGUCUUCAUGAGAGAAAGGGCAUCACGGCUGAGAACAGAGAGGAGGUCCGUGCGUUGGCAACAGAGUCGCGGUUUGAACGCAGUGUGAGGAAAGCUGCUCUGCUCAUGUACUGGAAACUCAACCCAGACAGGAAGAAAAAAGUCACAGCCUCAGAACUGCUAGAGAACAUCAGUCAGGUCAACACUGUUCCAGAUGGUGCUGUGCCGGGUGGACCCUUUUCCAGCUCGGCUCAGAAGCAGAGGAAAGUUCUGGAGAGCCUGGUCACUAGUGAGGGAACUCAGUAUGUAGGUGCUGAGGACUUUGUGGAGAACACUAAACGCUACGCCCUGGGCAUUUCCCCCUCCCCCAUACUGGAGGGGGCUGCAGGAGAUGAUGAUGACGAUGACGAAGAGCCAGUGAAGAACCCAGAUGAGCUACCCCUGCCCCAGAAGCUGUUGAAGUUCCCCCUGCAUGCUGUGUUGGAGGUAAAGGAGGUUCUCAUCGACUGGGCUUCUCGUGCUGGCAUGCAGUGGAUCAGUGCCCUCAUCCCCACUCACCACGUCAACACGCUCAUCUUCUUCUUCAUCAUAUCUAACCUCACGCUCGAAUUCUUUCUCCUCGUCAUCCCGCUGAUUGUCUUUUACCUGGCCUUCAUCUCCAUGAUCAUAUGUACACUACGCGUCUUCCAGAACAGCAAGGCCUGGGAGAAUUUCCGGGCACUGACUGUUAUGUUGGCCAGUUUUGAGCCGGGUUUGGACCUGGAACAGGCUGAGUUCAAUUUCACCUGGACCCACCUGGAGCCAUACCUCUACUUUCUCCUCUCUGCGCUCUUCCUCAUCCUUUCUUUCCCUGUGGCUGACAAGUCUUGGGUCCCAUGCUCAGAGCUGGCCACCGUAGCCAUCUUCUUCACUGUCAGUAGCUACCUGAGCCUGCAGCCAGCUGCCCAAAGUCACGCCCGACCUGCCUUAUUGGCCCAGGCUGCUUCUGCCCUCUGCUCUUUUGCUAAUAAGCUCCUGAGAGGCUGGUUGGGCCAGAUCAUAGGCGGGGCCUUGCUGAGUGUGCCGAUAGGUGAUUGGGUGGUGCUGCAUGUGGGCGUGCCCUGCAUCUUUUACCUCUACCUGUUGUACUUAUGCGGUCGCAUGGCUGCUGCAAGAGGUUUGCGUGGCUCCUACUGCGUGUUGUUGCCAUUCCUGCUGUGCUACAUGUGGUGCCAGUUGUCUGUCACGCUGCUGCAUGGCUCGACUGCAUUGGGUUUAAUGCGCACCGCUAUAGGCUACAUGCUCUUUCUGUUUGCGCUGCCCGUGCUCUCUCUGGGUCUGCUGGCCAUGUUGCUUGUUCAGUUUGUCCAGUGGUUCUUGGCACUGGAGCUGACUAAGAUGGUGGUUACGGUGUGCUUAUGCGCGCUGCCUGUGAUUCUGCGCUGGUGGACGCGUUUCAGUUUGUCUCCAUUAGCGCUGCUUCGCUCGCUGCGCCGCAGCAGCAUAGUCAAACUGAUUCUGGUCUGGAUCUCAGCUCUUUUGCUCUUCAGCUGGUUCUACGUGUAUCGCUCAGAGGGCAUGAAGGUCUACAACUCCACCCUCACUUGGCAGCAGUACAGUGAGCUGUGUGGACCACGCGCGUGGAAGGAGCGUAACAUGGCCCACACGCAGAUCCUGUGCAGCCACCUGGAGGGUCACAGGGUCACCUGGGAAGGUCGCUUUAAGUACGCCCGGGUGACUGAGAUUGAGAACGGCGCCCAGGCUGUGGUCAACCUCCUGCCAGGAUUCGCUGCUGAUUGGGUGCGUUGCCUUUACGGAGAGGAAUACCCAGCCUGCGAUUCUGAUGCAGAGACUCCGCCCCCGCAGCCGGCUCCUCCCACAGACCCUCUCUGUAGGCUCAAAGUGCUAGCAAACCACCGGUGCCACGUGAAGCGCUUCGACCGUUACAAGUUCGAGGUGACCGUCGGGAUGCCGCAGGAGCGCAAGGGUCGUAACGGGACGACAAUAGAGGACGAGGAUGCCACUAAAGACAUCGUGCUGCGGGCGAGUAACGAGUUCCGUGCUGUUUUGCUGACGCUGAGCUCUGGAAGCGUGGUGGAGUUCAGUACGGUUUUGGAGGGCCGAUUGGGCAGUAAGUGGCCUGUGUUUGAACUGAAGGCACUGCAUUGUCGUAGCUGCGCCUCGCCACUUGCACCUACCCGACGGCAGGUGAAGAUCGAGCAGGACUGGCGUAACGGUGCCCGCGAUGCCUUUGUGUUCGCUUUCAACUUCCUCUUCCAUCCACUGCUGUCUGCCCAUGUGGAGCAGGGGGAUGCUACUACGGCGAUUGCGGAAAUGGAAGUGGGAAAUGAAGGCUGAAAGGACUGUUUUACCCAUUGUGACUGUACAGAAUAUGUCAGAGACCUCAUAAGUGCAUUAUAUUUUCUUUUCCCCAAUCAUGUUCAACAGUGUUAAAAAGUGAGUGGUUGAAUGAGUGUGUCAGUUUUCAGUGUGUAAGCCAUAGAUUCACUAUCAGUAUCCUAGGAUCCUUGACACUCAAUUUGUGUGUGUGUGUGUGUGUGUGUGUGUAUGUGUGUGUGUGUGUGUGUGUGUGCGCAUGUGUGCAUGUGACUGGGUGGGGAGUGGUGGAGGAAUUCUCAGCUGCUACUACAGAAACUGUUGGCUAAAUAAAUUCUUAACACAAACCACAAAUUCAACCAUUAGCCAUCAUGUUUCAGACAAAACAGUGCAGGACAAACAGGCCUACUGCCCACACAUACAGUGCGAGUGAGAGAGAGAGCAUGGGUUGAUGUGCUCUGUACCAAAGAGUAUCAUCCUGAUACAUUUCAGAGUAAGCUUAAAAAUACAGUUAUUAAUUUGUAAUUAAUUUAUCUUUAAUGGGAAAACCUUAUAAUAACUGAGUGAGUAAUUUGCAUGCACCCAUUUUUGUUCAGUUAAGCGUAGGAAGAUUUACUGAGCUGAAAGUGGUUAGAGUUGUGUCGCCCUUUUACAGCUGGAGUUUAGUGUGUGUGUUUUAUAGUGAUGGGCCUGUAGUUUAGCGGUAAUGCUUUUUAGAUAGACCAGUUAGGGGAAAAGUUAAGUUUGUUUUGUGUUUUAUAAACAUGUAUAUGAAGAAAGAAAUGCCUUUCUGAAGGCCUGAACCAUGAUCCGGUAGGAUUUUUUUGUUUUGUUUUGUUUUACUCAUUAAACAGUUCUGGUAAUUCUACAUUGAAUGUGCUGUGCCUUUAUCGUUGCAUUAAUAUACUUACAUCUAGAUUGAUAUUGUGUUGAUUUUGGAUUUGAUAGAUAUUGAUUGUGUUGCUGCAUAGCCAGUUUUAUGUGAAUGAUUGUAAGUGUAUGUCUUUUUGAUGAACUUAAAAAUGAGGUGCAUAUUUAGAUGCAGAGAGUCAAAAAUCCUAC